UCAUUCUCUCGAAGUGGUGUCUUGUUUAGACACAAACGUACACAUACGGGAGAAAAACCAUAUCAUUGUGACAUCUGUGGUAAAUCAUUUUCUGAAAGUGGCCAUGUGACUAGGCACAAGCGUACUCAUACAGGGGAAAAUCCGUAUCAUUGUGAUAUCUGUGGUAAAUCAUUCUCUCAAAGUGGUGUCUUAACAAGACACAUACGUAUUCAUACAGGGGAGAAACCAUAUCAUUGUGGUAUCUGUGGUAAAUCAUUCUCUGCAAAUAGUUCUCUUACAAAACACCUACGUAUUCAUACAGGAGAGAAGCCAUAUCACUGUGAUAUCUGUGGUAGAUCAUUCUCUCUAAAUAAUAACUUAUCUAGACACAAAUAUAUUCACACUGGACAGAAACCAUAUCAUUGUGAUAUCUGUGGUAAAUCAUUCUCUGACAAUAGUAUCUUAACAGCACACAAACGUAUUCAUACAGGAGAGAAGCCAUAUCAGUGCGAUAACUGUGGUAAAUCAUUCUCUGACAAUAGUGCCUUAACAACACACAAACAUAUUCAUACAGGAGAGAAGCCAUAUCACUGUGAUAUUUGUGGUAAAUCAUUCUCUGACAAUAGUGCCUUACUAAGACACAUACGAAUUCAUACAGGAGAGAAGCCAUAUCACUGUGAUAUUUGUGGUAAAUCAUUCUCUCGAAGUAUUCACUUAACUACACACAAUCGUGUUCAUACGGGAGAGAAGCACUAUCGCUGUGAUAUUUGUGGUAAAUUAUUUUCUCAAAAUAGUGCCUUAACAGCACACAAACGUAUUCACACAGGAGAGAAACCCUAUCAUUGUGAUAUUUGUGGUAAUACAUUCUCUGUAAGUAGUUCACUGACACGACACAAACGUAUUCAUACGGGAGAGAAGCCAUAUCACUGUGAUAUCUGUGGUAAAUCAUUCUCUCAAAAUAGUGUCUUAAUUAUACACAAACAUAUUCAUACAGGAGAGACACCUUAUCAUUGUGAUAUUUGUGGUAAAUCAUUCUCUGAUAAGAGUAACUUCAGAAGACACAAACAUCUUCAUACAGGAGAGAAAGCAAAAGGAUCGUGUGUGUAGUGUCUUCUUUGCUAUAUUUGUUUAAAACACAGAAAGUGUUUUAUGCAAUAGAAAUUAUCAUUAAAGUUUUAAAGUUUUUUUGUUUUGUUGUUUGCAAUAUUCACCUCACACUCCAUCCUUGACCACUCAUGCAGUUUCCUUUCCAGGUUGUAAGGACCUCUUAUACCAAAUCUCCUCCUCCUCACACCCCCACACAUUAUUCUUUCUUGUAUAUUGCAUCUUGUAAUUACAGUAUAUUUAUUGUUUAUUGUAUUUUGAAUGCUUCACUCAUUAAAUACGUUAUACAAUGA